UUACAUCUGUGGAAUUUAUUUAUAUGUCAAUGUCAAUAUGUAUGCAAGCGGGAAAACAAUGAUUUUAUUUUUGAAUUUUCCAAGAAAUGUAUCGAUUUUUGUGUAAUUUACAAGUAUAAAGUUUCAGUUCAGCCAAGUUAUGGAUAUUAUUAAGCCUAUUGCUACUGAUACAGUUCACAAAAUAUGUUCGGGACAGGUUGUGGUGAGUCUAGCAGUGGCUGUGAAAGAACUGGUGGAAAAUUCUUUAGAUGCUGGAGCAACUACUAUUGAUAUAAGAUUUAAAAAUUAUGGGAUUGAUCUGAUUGAAGUGUCAGACAAUGGUACAGGUGUUACUGAAGAUAACUUUGCUGCUUUGACUUUAAAGUAUCACACAUCAAAAUUAAGUGAAUAUUCAGAUCUACUUGGAGUGACAAGUUUUGGCUUCAGAGGAGAAGCUCUCAGUUCAUUAUGUUCACUAGCCAAUCUCACAAUCACUACAAGACAUAAAGAUUGUGAAUAUGCUACAAAAUUGGAAUAUGACCACAAAGGAAACAUAACAAAGCAAUCACCAUGUUCAAGACAAGUUGGUACAACUGUUACUUUAACAAACCUAUUUUCAUCUCUACCAGUAAGACAAAAAGAAUUUCACAAAAAUGCCAAAAGGGAGUUCAAUAAAAUGACACAACUACUGUAUGCAUAUUGUUUGAUAUCAGUUGGAGUAAAAAUUACUUGCUAUAAUCAGACAAGCUCCAAUCCUAAGUCACUUGUUGUGGGAACACAAGGUCAAGGUUCGUCUUACAAAGACAAUAUAGCAAGCGUCUUUGGAGUGAAACAACUGCAAACAUUACUUGAAAUAAAACCUGAAUAUGGCACAAAUAUAAAAGAUAACAUUUUCAAAGGUUUAUCAGGAGAAGUUCAAGAGAACAAUGAAACGGCUGAAAUAGAGGAUAUUGAAAUUGAUUUAUCUGAAGAUUCAAAUGAUGCAGAUAAAGCUGAUGCAACUAACAAUGACAUAAAUGCUUCACAAAAGUCUCAGGGUCAUAAAAAUAUUGUAAAACCAAUAGAGUUUACAGGUUUUAUCUCUUCUUGUGCACAUGGCAGUGGACGCUCAAGCACAGACAGGCAGUUUUACUAUGUCAAUUCUAGACCUUGUGAGCCAACCAAGAUUAUCAAAGUCAUUAAUGAAAUAUACAGACAGUAUAAUUCAAAUCAAUACCCUUUUGUAUUCUUGAAUGUUGAAAUGGAAAGAACAACCGUUGAUGUAAAUGUGACUCCAGAUAAACGUAAAAUAUUCCUCACAAAAGAGAAAAUUAUAAUGGAUAUACUGAAAAACUCCUUGGUAAAACUGUUUGAAACUAUACCUAGCACAUUAAAGAUAGAAUCAACUCCUAACUUUUGCAUUAAAGAAAGUAAAGAUGUCAAACCAGAAUUGAAACAAGCAAGAGUUUUCAAUUCUUUUUUGCAACAAUUUCAAAAUAAAACAAAGCUUGCUAAUAGUGUGUCUACAGAUGAUAAUGAAUCAACAAAAGUUGAACUCAAGCGAAAAUCGACAACAAUGCUAGAUUUCGUCUCAUCAAAAACCAAGAAAACAGAUUUUAUAAAAGUAGAAGAAGAUUUCGAAGAAACUGUUGAUCAAGAAGAAGAAGUUGAAGAUAAGAACAAUGAAUCAGCUGACAUCCUUGAAUCUGAAGAUGAAGAACUAGAGAGUUGCGAUUCGGUAAAGCAGAAUGAUAAUACAAGGGAAAUUAAUGAAAAUAAAGUCAUAGAUGUUGAUAACAAAUCAUCUGCAGAAGAUGAUAACAAAUCAUCCGCAGAAGAUGAUAACAAGUCAUCUGCAAAAGAUGAUAAAAAGAAAAUAAUGUAUUUAGAUUUUACUGAAGAUUUGCCUACUACACAAAUCAGAGAUCUUUCUAAUGUUGUUAUAGAGAAGUCCUACACAACAAAUUGUAAUAUGAAAGCCAUAAAAACAAAAGCUAAUACUUCUUCAUGUGAGGUCAAAGAAAGAACACCUAAAAAGCAGAAAAUUGUAACAGAUAAGGAAGAUUUAGGAAAAAAUAAUAGAAAAUCUGUAAUUCUAAACACAUCUCUAGAACAUGUUAAGGCAUUAACAAGUAUGUAUGUAAACAAUAAGAGGGAAUCAGCUCCAACAAGGGUCAAGUUUAAAAGUGAAAUAAAUCCUGUAUUCAACAAAAAAUGUGAGGAAGAAUUGACUAAGGAAAUAUCUAAAGACUCGUUCAAAAAAAUGCACGUCAUUGGACAGUUUAAUUUAGGUUUCAUAAUUACGCAAUUGGAAGAUGAUCUUUUUAUAAUUGAUCAACACGCUACAGAUGAGAUUUAUAAUUUUGAAACAUUACAGAAAACUACAGAGUUAACUAGUCAAAAAUUGGUAAUCCCACAGCAACUUGAACUAGCUGGAGCGAAUGAACAAAUAUUGAUGGAUAACUUGGAUGUUUUCAAGAAGAAUGGUUUUACUUUUGAAAUCAAUGAAGAAGCCUUGCCAACAAAGAGGGUAAAGCUUUUGACAUUACCCAUGUCAAAAAAUUGGAUUUUUGGGAAGGAAGAUAUAGAAGAGCUGUUAUUUAUGUUAAGGGAGUCUCCUUCAGAAUAUUGCAGACCUAGUAGGGUAAGAGCAAUGUUUGCAUCCAGGGCUUGUCGGAAAUCAGUAAUGAUAGGCACAGCACUGAGCAAAGCAGAUAUGAAGAAGCUUGUUGACCACAUGGCUGAAAUAGACAAACCAUGGAAUUGUCCACAUGGCAGACCUACAAUUCGACAUUUAGUAAAUCUAGCUAUGGUCCAUACGAAGGACAGGCUUGACACCUGAUUUUGUGGUAUUUUACGAGUAUUAAAAUCAAUCUCAAUGAUGUUACUAUAUAUUUCAAUUAAUCAUGAAGAUAAUAAAACAAUAUUGAAUUAAA